GCUGUCUCUGUUAGUUCAUAAAAAGUUGACAAACAUCAGAUUUUCCGCAUGUUUCCCCUUAAUUAACCUUCAGCGCCUAUAAUUAACAGGAGCGACUGUUUUUAACGAGGGAAUACCAUCCAACCAUAUCCUGUGUGAUGAUCCCUACUGACAGCACAUUAAGACUGACAUCUGCUGACACACACACACACACACACACACACACACACACACACACACACACACACACACACAGAUCCCCAGUGAAGUGAAUGAUAUAAAUAAAUAACUGAUCCAUUGAGCCAAAACUAGUCGAGCUCCCAGAAGCCCUCAGGAAAAUGUACGUCAUUGGUGCCUCCUGUUGCCUAGCAUCCUCAUACAUCCCCCACCUACUUAGCAACUUUAAGGAAAAAACUCAGACAGUAUUUUCACUCCAUAUCACGAGAUUUCAAAUCAAAUUUAAAAUGUCUGGAGGUAAAUGAUUCGACUGUGGGCACGUUUGGCUUUUUUAGAAUUUAUUUAAACGUCUGAAAAAGGUGCAGAAAUGUCAGAUUUCAGCCUUUAAAGGACAUUAAAAGACAACAAGACAACUAAUUACUCUCACUGAUGCUGUUUCCACAUUGAUCUCCUCUGCCCUCUCUCUCAUCUUAUGUGGCACACCAAUCAAUGAGUCCUAACCAAACUACCCUGUGGGCAGGAGGGGGGAUGGGAGGUUGGGGACAAAAGUGAGAAACUGCAACACUGUGAUGGAAAGAGUUGGAAAGGGGAGGGGAGACCGAGAGGCUGUGAUAAAACCGAGAGAGAGAGAGAGAAGGGUGAGAACAGAACUUCCAACAGCUCGAUCUAUCACAGCAUCCAUCCAUCCACACAGGGAGGCAGGCCUCGUCCACUCUUUAACCCAGGAUUAUAACUUUGAAGUCGGACAUGCACAGCGCCAAGACCCCCUCCAACACGCUGGUGCUGGAAUUUAAAGAAGACGCUGCACUGACAGAGAUGAUGCGUCUUCGUGUGUCGUCUUUGCAGCGGUCAGGACAGAAACGUCAGGACGGCGAGCGUCUGCUUCUUCCCCACGAGGCCGUCUACCGGCUGGACUUCCCCGUUCAGGAGCUGAACUUCUCCCGCUGGUACUUCUCCCUCAUCGCCUACGGUCGCGUCAACAUCACUGGCAUUUCCCAACACUGGACGCCCGACCUCACCAACCUGAUGACCCGUCAGCUGCUGGAACCAAUCGGAACCUUUUGGCGAAACGCCGCCGACCCCGAGGACUCGCCGCUCAAAUGGCUGGAGGCGGACAUGCAGGAGUUCGGCGAAAGGAUCGCAGAGCUGGCCAAGGUCAGGAAGGUCAUGUACUUCCUGUUUGCUUUCAAGGACGGGGCAGAGGCGGCGAACCUCAGCUGCUCGGUGGAGUUCACACCAGACAAAUGAUGCCAGUAAAGUCCUGUCAGCAAUAUUCUGUCCGGUCUUUGACCUUUAAAAAAACUUUAUGCAGCAAUCAAAGAAAUCCAUCAGCUUAAAUAGACUCCCUGAAAAACUCCCUGAUCGACCUGUAACUGUGCAGUAACACCAUGACCUCCUUGUGCACACCACGUAAUUACUUUGUUAGAGUUCAUUUAGUCACAUUUAGUGUCACCUCAGCAGCAGAGUCACAGCAGCACACAUAUUCAGUUCAAAACAUACAACCUGAGAUGAAGAAGUAUGAAUGCACUUCAUUUGAACCUUAUCCUCGUGCAUGUUUCCUGGUGCUACUUAAAAAAACAUCAGUGCAUCGUCAACAUAAACCAACAGCUAGAAACAUUCAAACAUUUCAAAUUCGCAUUCAUAGAAAAUACAACAGAAUAUUAUUCCACGAUGGAACUUUCAUGAUACAAAACUUGUGAGGACACAAACGAACAAAAGAUUCAUUUUCUGACCAGCUGAAUAUUCAUGUCAUGUUCUUGUUCUUUGAGCUGUCGUCUGUUUGUUGCUGCUGUUGUAUUUUAUUUAUUAGAGCCACAGCGAGAUGCAGAACAAGUAGCACUGACACAAAACACAGAUCAAUGGAGUGACAUCUAUUAAAUAUCGACUGAAAGCUG